CACGAACCCUAAAUCAUAAAACCAAGCAUAGAGGUGUCGGAUCGAGGCUUAUAACGGUUUCCUAAGAUGAUGAACCUGUAUCGAGUAGAGUAUUGGAAAAAACGCGGUCGACCGAGGGAGCUAUAUGCGGACGCCUCUUGUGUGGAUGCCCCGGUACCUCCGGACCUCCCGGUUCCAAAUUGUGAUUGUCAAAAGCCGGCAGAAGUGAUGCAAUCUAGGCAUCCUGACACCGCUGCACGGUGUUUCUACACAUGUGGCCAAUUCAAUGACCAUGAGAAGUGCUUCUUCUUCCAGUGGAUCGACGGCCCCGACAAGUUUGACCCACGGUUCUUGCUUUUUGCGGGUAUUUGCCACGGGAAGUUUCCACGUGAUCGCUUCAAACGUUGGGUGCCGCCACCACCAAACCCCCCACCAAUGACUUCUGAGGAGAAGGAAGUAGCUACGGCAAGACGCCUUGAUGACCCUCCUAAGUGCUUUUGUGGUGACAAAGCUAUGGUAGAGCAGACGCGAGGUCUUGAGUUUGUGUGUCCCAACAAGCAUCCAGAUUAUUCUAUGGAAAAGUGUCGUUUUAGAGAGUGGCUAUAUGGUCCGAAGUCUCAUUGGCCGGAGGAAAAGAAGAAAAAGAAUGACAGGAUUAUUACCGCAGUGCCUCCGGUUAAAUGCAAGUGUGGUGUUGAGGCUAGCUACGGCUUAGUUCCUUCCGAACUAGGAGUCGGAUAUUUUUGUGGUCAUAUGGUAGACUACGAUGUGAGCACUAGGAAAUGUGACUGGGAGUAUUGGCAUGGGAAAAGAGACUUCUACCAAACCUGCGAGCAAAAGAAAGCACUAGGCAUUAAGCUUCGAUGCGGGAACCAACUGUUGGACAACUAUGUGAAGUACUACAAAGAAGACGCACGUCGUGAAGCAAGAGAGGGCCGUCACAAUAGCCCUGCAAAAGUAAUGUGGGAGAAAUGGAGGCUAGAAGGUAUCAAGCAAAAAGAAGAGGAGAACUCUUGGAGAGCUGUACUUCAAGAGUAUGACGAAAUGAAGGGUUUAGAGAAAAGAUUGUGUGCUAAGAUUGGAUGCACCGGAGAUUGGGCCGCUGAUGUGGCUCGUUCAAGUUAUUUGGAGAAGAUAGCUAUGGACAAGAUGAAGGAGGAUGAAGUCAAAGAGGCGGACGACAACAUGGAUGAGGAGGACAACUCAAGAUUGGACGCUCUCGCCGAACUUGUGCUUGAGCAUGAUGCUUGUAAGAUGGCUCAACAAGAGCAUAAUGUACAUGUGCACAAUGCAGGCGAAACCAGCCGCGCUACGGACAUUUUGUUGCAGGUGGAGGAGGAUAAGGAGGAGGAAUGGUAUACACAAGCCGUGGAUGAGGCGGAGGCUGCUUACUAUAGCCAAAAGAAUUUGAUGGUAGAGCAGGAGGAGGACGAUGAAUGGUUAACACAAGCCGUGGAUGAAAUUGAGGCUGCUUACUACAGGCAAAAGGCGGAAAAGGCAAAAGGAGUGGUGGUGGAGGCUUGUGAGUCCGACGACGACGAUUUGCUACCUGGCUACGUUUCUGGUUAG